UUAGGGUAGGUAGUCCACGCACGCGCCUUGUGCGCAACAAGCGAACACGCGGAACACGCGUGUCAUGCAAUCGCCGCUGUGUUGGCAGUAGUACGAACACAAUUACCAAUCCCGAAAUGAAUUUCCAGCGGGAAUAAUGAUUAUGCCAAUCGUAAAUUGGAUGGAGCGGUGUUUGCUGAACUGAAGUCUUAUCGGAAACACCGAACAAAGAAAAGAUGUCCAACAUAACCUUUCGGUUGAGUAAAACCACCGCGAGUAGGACCGCGGGUUGGUUCAACGCAAGGAUUAUGUCAAUUCAUGGUUCAGCAACACUUGCGGAAAAAAGCGAAAUACAAUCUGAUUCUCUCGAUGAAAACGACGUUCUCAUAGAAAAUAUCAAGGACAGCGGUAUUGUAACUCUAAACCGCCCAAAGGUUUUGAAUGCCCUGAACUUGUCGAUGGUGCGUAAAAUAUAUCCAGCUCUAAAAAAAUGGGAAGCAUCAAAAAACUUAGUAAUUAUGAAAGCAACUGGUGAGAAGGCUUUCUGUGCUGGUGGCGACGUUAAAACACUCGCCUUGGCUUUAAAUAACUCUGGUGGUAAGAAAGUCGGACAAGAAUUCUUUCGUGCAGAGUACACAUUGAACCACCUUAUUGGGACUUACAAACGACCAUACAUAGCUUUAAUAAAUGGUAUAACCAUGGGAGGUGGCGUUGGCUUGUCUGUUCAUGGCAAGUACAGAAUAGCUACCGAAAACACGCUGUUUGCCAUGCCCGAAACCGCCAUAGGUUUGGUACCAGAUGUGGGUGGUACAUUCUUCCUUCCCAGAUUGAGCGGAAAGCUGGGAUGUUACUUGGGCCUAACUGGCCAUCGUCUCAAAGGUACUGACGUUCUUGCAGCAGGCAUAGCGACUCACUACGUUCCAUCUGAAAGACUUGGAGAUUUAACAAACGAAUUACUAGAAUCAAAUGGCAACAAUAUUAGUGAGAUCAUAACAAAGUAUCAACCAGACAAUUUCAAUCCUGAAUUUAGUUUGCAGCCAUAUUUAAAACAAAUAGAUAAAUGUUUCUCUGCUCCAAAUGUUCAAGAAAUAAUAAAAAGGCUUGAGUCAGAUGGAUCAGAUUGGGCAGUCAAUUCAAUUAAGUUAUUGCAACAAAUGUCUCCCACGUCUCUUACAGUCACACUUCAAGCAAUAGAGAAAGGAUCUCAACUGUCACUGAAAGAAUGCUUGCAGAUGGAGUUUAGGCUAGUAUCCGCAGCUCUAUCGAAGGAUGGUGACUAUUACGAAGGCGUUAGAGCUCUUUUAGUCGAUAAAGACAAAAAACCAAUGUGGAAACCAGCUCAGUUGAGUGAAAUUUCACAGAAAGCAAUAGAUGCAAGAUUUGCAAAACUACCUGACGAAGAGGAAUUGCAACUUUGAUAAUGUGCUGUUGUGGAAAGUGUAUUGAUACAUUCAUCAUAAAACAUGGCUCUAAAAGAUUGUCGUUUUCAUAAUUUUAUAAGUCGUCAAACGCUGGGUAAAGAACUUUGGUC